AUGGAGGAAGUUCAUGUCGCUCCAGAUUAUGGAAAAGCCGAGGAAGAGGAGGAGAGGGAGAGGGGGAGGAGGCUGGUAUUGCCCUCUUGUCCUAAGGUGACUUUGCCUUUGCUUCUUUAUUUCAAAAUGGCUUUCAUACUGCGUGUUUCGGUAAAGAGGAAGAAAAGAUCAAUUGGCGCUACACAAAAAAUGAGGAUUGGCCUUAACAGUUAUAAAGCAGCAAAUAUCCCCUGCAAAUUUCGGCGCACGACAUACAAUGUUCUCAACUUUGGGGCCAAACCUGACGGCAGAACCGACUCAACCAAGUCUUUCCUCGGCACUUGGGCUGCAGCUUGUGGCUCAGUUAAACCGGCCACGAUCUACGUGCCACGGGGAAGGUACUUGCUUCACAAAGCACACUUUGCAGGCAAUUGCAAGAACACUGCAAUAACUAUCAUUAUUGACGGCACCCUCCUAGCUCCCUCAGAUUACCAUGUUAUCGGAAAUGCUCAUAACUGGGUCCUAUUCGAGGGAGUCAAUGGAGUUUCUAUACGUGGUGGGAUGCUUGAUGGCCAAGGGGCUGGUUUGUGGGCAUGCAAGGCCACCGGCAAGAGUUGCCCUAGAGGUGCCACGACACUGGGCUUUACUGACUCAAACAACAUCGAAAUCAAUGGAUUAACUUCGCUAAACAGCCAGAUUUUUCACAUCGUCAUCAAUGGCUGCCACAAUGUCAAGCUGCAAGGAGUGAAGGUCUUGGCUUCCGGCAACAGCCCGAACACUGAUGGCAUUCAUGUGCAAUUAUCAUCAGGCGUCACAAUCUUAAACAUCCAAUAUUGGUACAGGUGA